AUGUUGGACUCCAAUGAUGCUUUAAGUAUUAAAGUUUCAAAAAAAAAUUUGGUAAAAGAACACGUUCAAAAUAAUUUGGUGUAUAUUACUUCAAAUUUUAAAGUUCUUUCUGAAUUAAUUUUGAAACUGCAGACAAAAAACAUGCCUUUAGCUGAAUCGUUGAGUAUCGUGGACAAUGUUCAAACACAAUUAAAAUCCGUUCAAGGUGAACCAGGGAAAAAAGUCUAUGAAAAAAUGGAAAAUGUUUUGUCUAAAAAUAUCGGUUUAAAAACAUUGAAACAAAUCUCGUCAAUACUUAGUGGAUCUAUCUCCACCAUGGAUGGUCUUCCCGAAGAUCUGACAACAAAUUACCUUAUUUUCUACAAGUACGCUGUACGCACCAAUUACGUCAGUGGAUGUCGAAAGAUCAUUUUCUGUUUACAAAAACCUUCUGAGCCACAACAGACGAUCAUUUAUACUUGA